GCCACCUUCUGGAGUGGGAGGCAGCCCCCCACCUAGCACUGGGCUGUGGACCCAGGAACCUUGCUCCCAGCACCUUGGGAGGCGCAAGAGCCUGGGAGCCUAGUCUCCCAGGGCAGGCUGGGGGUGGUGGCCUGGUCCGGGCACCCUUAUUUGGUGUUCCAGUGUCUCCUUCACAUCAUGACCUUGGUCAUAUCAGCAUCUUCUACUGACCCUCAAAUGGUGUCAACAAAGACAUAUGGCCUGGAAGGGACUUUAAAGUCCCCAUAGUGACCAGUAAUCCCUCCCCCAAGCAAAACACACCAUCCAAGCCAAAGAAGUUGGGUUGCUAGGUGGAUGGGUCACCUCUCUCCCUAGCCUUGCCAGAUGGGGGCUCUGCCAUCAGAGACCCCAGAACCUUCCCCCUCCAAGAUCUCUUUCUGGUUUCAGGAGAUUAGAGAAAGUCCCACCCCUAAUUCAAGGGACCAAGUUCCCAGCCCAUCCUGUUCUCCCUGCACCUCACCUGAGGUUGCUGAACCCUUGGUGACCUGUGGCCGUGACAGGGGAGGGGGUGGAGCUGUCUCUUUAAGAGCAGGAGUGGGGUGGGGGAGCCCCCAGCCUUAGGGAGACCGGCUGGUUCUCUACCUGCCCAGGUUUGCUCAGGGCGUGGCAGCUGCAGAUAGAGGCAGAACUAGGACUCCACUGGCAACUGGCUUUCUCCCGGAACCUCAGCUCUGCCACAGGAGCCAGCACCAGGUCCGUCCUCGACAUGCAAGAGGUGGCUCUCAGGCUGCUCGUCCUCCUGGCAGGUCUGCCUGCACUGGACGCCAACGACCCGGAAGAUAAAAACAGUCCUUUCUACUAUGAUUGGUACAGCCUUCGGGUCGGAGGACUCAUCUGUGCAGGGGUCCUGUGCGCCAUCGGCAUCAUUGUCCUCAUGAGUGGAAAGUGCAAAUGCAGAUUCAGCCCAAAGCCCAGUCACCGGCCAGGGGAUGCCCCACCUCUCAUCACUCCAGGCUCUGCCCACAACUGCUGAGGUUGGACCAGCUGAAGGAACACGAGGGCCUGUCUUUGUCCCCAAGUCCUGGCUGUCCACAGGAGCCCGAACUCCAGGGUAACAUCCUCCCGCCCCUCCCCAGGCUGCCUUGCUGGGGCCUCGCCUCACGGCUCACGGGAGGGAGCUCUUUGUUCAAUGUUUUAAUACAAAACCUUCCGGCCUGCCGCCUGGACAGCCUGCA